AUGGCUUUCAUCAAACAAGUCUGGACUCUAAUGUCCAAGAACUUUCGACAUAUACUACUCCGCCAUCCUCUUAAGGUCUUUGUUAUGGCCUUCCUCGUCCCCAUCAUCCUGGCCGCCUUCUUCAGCUUCGCCAAGAACCUGUUUGUUCCGCCUGCGCUCUAUGGCUUCGGUUCGGUGCAUCCCAUCAAGUCGCUUUCGCAGGCCUUUGACGACGCUUUCAGUAGCGGGCGAAACAAGAUCGUUUUGAUCGACAACGGAUUCACGGGGGGCAAUAUCGAGAAAGUACUGGAUUCGCUCCAAACGCAGAUAGAGACGCAGGGGCCUCACGUCAAUGUUGUGCGGACGAGCAGCGAGGAUACUCUGCUCACCGAGUGUCGGAGUAGCUUGCGGGGAGUCACGGCUUGCUUUGGGGCUGUCGUCAUGCGGUCCUCACCAAACGAGGGAAAGGGGGCCAUAUGGAACUAUACCAUUCGCACGGAUGCGGAGAUGACGAGCAGCCCCAUCAAGAUCAAUGUUGACAGGAGCGAUAAUCCGGAAGAGGUCUAUCUGUUGCCUAUUCAGCGUACCAUCGACGGCAUCAUUGCCGGCAUGAACCACACCAGCGCGCCUCAGGCCCUCACCAAGACCCAGGAGAUGCCCUACACCAGCAUGAGCCAGGAACAGAGAGAAGUCAAAGUCAGGGAAAUCUUCCACAAGGCCAUUACAAGCUUCAUGGGAGUUGCCUUCAUUGCCUCUGUGAUUUGGAUUUCAUACCACUUGACUGGCCACAUUGCUACCGAGCGUGAGACUGGCAUGUCGCAGCUUGUAGAUGCGAUGAUGCCUGUUCGCAAACCGUGGAUGGCGCUGGCGGCUCGUAUCAUUUCUCACCAUCUUUCCUUCUCCAUUAUAUAUGCCCCAGCGUGGAUUAUAGGAUCCAUCAUCGUCAAGUACGGUGUAUUUGCGUACACCAGUCUUGGGAUUGUCCUUCUCUUCCACAUCACCGCUGGUCUUGCCAUUGCCUCCAUGUCUGUUUUGUUUGCGUCCUUCUUCAAAAAGGCCCAGCUCAGCGGUAUUACCGCUAUUCUUGCCAUUCUGUUGCUUGGCAUCUUGGCCCAGUCUCUGACACAGCCGACAACGGGACCUGUAGUGAUUUUGUCGCUGCUUUUCUCGCCGUGUGCCUAUGUCUACUUUAUCACGCUCAUGUCUCGCUUUGAGAGGAAAGACAGGGCCACCAAUCUUGUUGAGACAGCCCCGGGCAGCCCCUGGGAUCUUCCAGGUAUUGCUCUUUGGAUCUUCUUGAUCGUUCAUAUUUUUGUAUACCCCCUUCUCGCCGCACUCAUUGAAUCACGAUUUUACGGCACCUCAACGGAGGGCCGCAAGAUCUUGGGAGCUGGGGAUGGCAGUCUUGGCGAUAAUGCCAUCCAGCUAGAUGGCUUCACCAAAAUUUACAAGCCUAGCAUCUUCUCGCGCCUAUUUGCAUUGGGCUCCAAGCCAAAGGAGCCUGUUGUGGCGGUCAACAAGCUCAGCUUUAGUGUUAGGAAAGGCCAGAUUGUGGCUCUCUUGGGUGCUAAUGGAAGUGGAAAAAGUACAACUCUAGAUGCCAUUGCCGGUCUGAAUAAGCUAACUAGCGGGUUAAUUACAAUUGAUGGGCAGGGUGGUAUGGGCAUCGCGCCACAGAAGAACGUCUUAUGGGACGACCUUACUGUCGAAGAGCAUCUCAUCAUAUUUGACAAACUCAAGUCACCAAAUGCGCCCGCGACUAAGGAGCAAAUUACUGAGUUGAUUAAUUCUAUUGAUCUCCCUCAUAAACGAAAGGCUCGUGCUAAAACCCUAUCUGGUGGCCAAAAACGAAAACUACAGCUUGGAAUGAUGUUGGCAGGUGGAAGUGCUGUUUGCUGUGUGGACGAAGUGAGCAGCGGUAUUGACCCGCUGUCUCGUCGGAAGCUUUGGGACAUUCUCUUAGCCGAGCGAGGAAAGAGGACUUUGAUUCUGACGACGCAUUUCUUGGAUGAGGCUGACCUCCUUGCUGAUCAUAUCGCCAUUCUGUCCAAGGGAACACUGCGGGCUGAAGGCUCUUCCGUUGAGUUGAAAGAUAAGCUUGGAGGUGGCUAUAGGGUCAACGUGCACAAAAAUCUAGGCAUCAAGGAAUCUCCCAUCAUUGAUGGCGUGAAGAAGAAUGACGCCUUUGAUCUGAUAACAUAUGUUGCCCCCACGUCCGGCCUUGCUGCCCAGGUUAUCAAGGCGCUUCAAAAGGCCAACAUCACAGACUUCCGCUUCUCUGGCCCAACCAUAGAAGAUGUGUUUCUGCAGGUUGCCGAGGAGAUCAAGGACGAAGAGGUUUUCCGAGAGACUAUUGUCGAAAAGAUGCCAGUCAAAGACGACAACAGCUCUUCGCGAGGCACCAGCAGUCCCCCGACAGAACCGGGCCUUGGUCUCAAGCUGCUCGACGGCAGGCGAGUAGGAUAUUUUGAACAGGCUCUUAUUCUUUUCAAGAAGCGCUGGACAAUUCUAAAGAGGAACUGGGUUCUCUAUGCUAUUGCAUUCUUACUUCCAAUUGCCGCGGCGGGAUUGACAUCUCUGUUUGUGAAAGACAGUGCACCAACAGGCUGCAAGCCCGGCGAUCAGGCCUCGACCUCGGAUACGGAAGAUGCUUUCACUCAAAUCGGCGCUGAUGACAGCCUUGUUUUCCUUGCUGGACCUUCUGACAAAUUUGACUUAUCGCGAGUUUCGGGUCUCUUUCAACCCGUCUUUGCUGGCAGCCCUGGUCCGAUCUUCAGCAUUGCCGCAGCUUCUCUUAGCAACCUACACCUUGUUGACUCGUUUGAUGAGUUCAAUCAGUUUGUAAAAGAUAAUUACGCAAACGUGACAACAGGUCUUUGGCUCGGUGAUAGUACCACAAACCCUACUAUUGCUUGGGUUGCCAACCUGUUCGUCACGAGCCCACUCACGGCGCAGCAGUUCCUAGACGUCUUGCUGACCAACACUACGAUUGCAACAUCAUGGUCCUCCUUUGAUGUCCCUUUCAAUCCUACAAUUGGCAAGGCUUUAAAUCUAGUCAUCUAUAUGGGCCUGGCACUUUCUUGCUAUCCCGCAUUCUUCGCCCUGUACCCGAGCAACGAACGGAGGAAAUUCGUGCGCAGCCUGCAGUAUUCUAAUGGCGUCAGGCCUUUUCCGUUAUGGAUGGCCUAUCUGAUAUUUGAUUUCUCCAUGGCUCUUGUUGGGGCAGCAGUUGUUACCGCUCUAUGGGCCGGGCUAUCCAACAUUUGGUUCCACAUCGAGUACAUCUUUGUGGUCCUCUUCCUAUACGGCCUGGCUUCCAUUUUGGUGGCCUACUUUGUCUCUCUCUUCACCAAAUCUCAACUUGCCACAUUCGCCUGGGCGGCUGCUUUACAAGCGGUCUUCUUCCUCGGCUACUUAAUCGCCUACGUCUGUGUCGUCACGUAUGUUGAGGUCUCCAAGAUUGACAGCACUCUUUUGGUCUGUCAUUACGUGAUCUCGGCCUUCAUGCCCAUCGGCUCUGCGACCAGAGCUCUAUUCCUAGCAACCAACCUCUUCUCUACUGCUUGCGAUGGCAACGAACUUGCUGCAAAUCCCGGUGGCAUUAAACAAUACGGAGGCCCCAUCCUCUAUCUUAUUAUCCAAUCUUUCGUCUUAUUUGGACUUCUACUUUGGUUCGAUGGUGGAAACGUAGGGUCUUCUGCAAGAGCCUUGUUUAAUCGCCAUAAGCACCCAGAAGACUCCGCCUUGCCCGAUGAGGAAGUGGGCGAUGAGGUGGCCAGAAUCACAAACUCCACAGACGACGAUGGCCUCAAGAUUUUGCAUUUAACAAAGUCAUUUGGAAAGAACCUUGCCGUGGAUAACGUUAGCUUUGGCGUUAAGCGCGGCGAGGUCUUUGCCCUUUUAGGCCCCAAUGGAGCUGGAAAGUCUACUACUAUAUCACUGGUCCGGGGCGAUCUCAAGCCCAAUCUGAAUGGCGGUGACAUUUUUAUCGAAGGUGUAUCUGUGACGAAGAAUUUGGCAGGCGCGAGAGCAAAUCUUGGUGUCUGUCCUCAAAUCGACGCUCUGGAUCAGAUGACAGUUCGAGAACAUCUUGAGUUUUACGCUCAAGUCCGAGGUAUCCCUGACAUUGAGCAUAAUGUUACUGCCGUCUUACAGGCCGUGGGCCUCAGCUCCUUUUCAACGCGCAUGGCAGCAGCUCUCUCGGGCGGUAACAAGCGCAAACUCAGUCUGGGAAUCGCCCUCAUGGGCAAUCCUGGGGUUGUCUUGCUUGAUGAACCCUCGUCAGGUCUAGAUGCUGCCGCAAAGCGAGUCAUGUGGAAGACGCUCCAGGCAACAGUUCCCGGACGAUCCAUCCUAUUGACAACGCACAGCAUGGAAGAAGCCGAUGCCUUGGCAGGUCGUGCUGGCAUUCUAGCCAGACGGAUGCUCGCGCUCGGCACACCCGAUGACUUGCGACACCGCUUCGGCGAUGCUUUGCACGUGCACCUUGUGUCGAGCACAGCGCCCAGAACGACAGACGAGGAGAUGAAUGCCAUCACGUCGUGGAUUCGCGACGCUUUGCCCACAGCCAACCUUGAAUCGAAAAUGUAUCAUGGACAGUUACGCUUCUCGGUCCUCUCGAGCGAGGUUCUGUCCCUGACUGAAGGUCCAAGUGCCGAUGAUGUGACGCCCAUUGGGAGUGAUAUCAGCCAAGGCGCCAUUGGACGGCUCAUAGUCUUGUUUGAAGAGAACAAGGCUCGUCUCGGCGUUGAGCACUACAGUGUCAGCACCACGACGCUUGACCAGGUCUUUUUGGGCAUUGUUGGCCAGCACAACAUUCAGGAGGAGAACCACGAAACUAAGCCGGGUCUAUUUCAGAGAAUCUUGAAAUUUAGGAAAUGAUGUUGAUGCUAUUGUUUGAUAUAAGGCGUUUUAUCUUGGGUACAAUGUUUCUUUUCUUUUUUUUUUUU